AUGAACGAGGAGAACGAGCGAGAACGAAGUGAGAACGAAGAGAACGAGGGAGAACAGAGCGAGAACGAGGAGAAGAGUGAGAACGAGGAAGAACGAGGAGAACGAGGAGGAACGAGGAAACGAGGAGAACGAGCGAGAACGAGGAGAACGAGGGAACGAGGAGAACGAGUGAGAACCGAGGAGAACGAGCGAGAACGAGCGAGAACGAGGAAUAACGAGGUGAGAACAGGAAACGAGGAGAACGAGGAGAACGAGAUGAUUGAACGAGGAGAACGAGGAGAACGAGGAGAACGAGGAGAACGAGGAGAACGAGGAGAACAGAGGAGAACGAGGAGACGACGUCGAGAACGAGGAGAACGAGGAAGAACUAGGGAGAACGAGAUGAGGAAACGAGGAGAACGAGUGAAGAACGAGAGAACGAGGAGAACGAGGAGAACGAAGCGAGAACGAGGAGAAACGAGGGAGAACGAGCGAGAACGAGGAAGAACGAGUGAGAACGAGGAGAACCGAGGAGAACGAGGAGAACGAGGCAGAACGAGUGGAAACGAGGAGAACGAGGAGAACGAGGCGAGACGAGGAGAACGAGGGAACGAGGGAGAAGAGUGGAACGAGGAAACGGAGGGAGAACGAGGAGCAACGAGAGAGAACGAGGAGAACGAGGAGAACGAGGAGAACGAGCGAGAACGAGGAGAACGAGGAGAAACGAGGAAACGAGGAGAACGGCGGGAGACGGGAGGAGAACGAGGGGAGAACGAGGAGCAACGAGACGGAGAACGAGCGAGAACGAGAGAGAACGAGGGAGAACGAGAACGAGGAGAACGAGGAGAACGAGGAAGAACGAGUGAGACGGGAGAACGAGAGGCAGAACGGAGGAGAACCGAGGAGAACGAGGAGAACGAGGAGGAACGAGGAGGAACGAGGGAACGAGGGAGAACGAGAGAGAACGAGCGAGAACGAGGAAACGAGGAGAACGAGGAGAACGGUGAGAACGAGGAGAACCGAAAGGAGAACGAGGAGAACGAGGAGAACGAGGGCAGAACGAGUUGGAACGAGGAGAACGAGGCAGAACGAGGAGAACGACGGCAGAACGAGGAGAACGAGGAGAACGAGGAGAACGAGGAGAACGAGGAGAACGAGGAGAAACGAGGAGAACGAGUUCGCAGAACGAGGAGAAACGAGGGAGAACGAGGAGAACGAGAGAACGAGGAGAACGAGGAGAACGAGGAGAAACGAGGAGGAACGAGGAGAACGAGGCGAGAACGAGGAGAACGAGGAGACGAGGAACGAGGAGAACGAGGAAGAACGGGAGAGAACGGGGGAAACCGGGAAGAACGGAAAGAACAAGAAGAACAAGAAGAACAAGAAGAACAAGUAAGAACUAAGAAGAACAAAGAAGAAACAAGAACAAGUAAGAACAAGAAGAACAGAAGAAACAAGAAGAACAAGAAGAACAGCAAAGAAAACAAGAAGAAAGAAAGAAGAAAAGGGGUCGUGGAGCUAAGGAGUCUGAGACUCAGGGAUACUCCAGGGUACUAUCAUUCAGAUACACUGAUGGCAAUUCGGUCACUUUAUACGAUAGCUACUCCACAGUGCUUGCAGCUGAUAGGAACCUCUGGAGCAAUCAAGAAUCCCACUCCACCGCUCCGCCGUCCGACCACCGGUCGCCGGUCGUCUCUGGUCGCAACCGCUGCUGCCUCUUCACCUGAUAGGCGCUCGCCUCGCCUUUGGCUCCUUGCAAAAGCAGUAUCGACCAGUCAUGCGGUGAAAAAUAUCAUCCACCUGGGUGAGACUGUAGGUCAACUGGAGUGCGAGGAAUCCGUGGAAGAUCCUGCUUUGAACAGACGAGGUGACAUGCCUGUUCAUUUAGGCAACAUCACAAUAGCCAUUUAG